UUGAUUGUUUAGACCAUGGCUAUAAAAAGCUCAUCUCUCAUGUUUCUCAUGCACAGUGAGAGAAGGGCCAGAGAAUUCAGCAAGGAAUUAAGCAUAAUGAAACUCAUGAGAGUGAACUUCGUAUCCUUUUGCGCUUUGCUUCUUUGCAUGGUCACCAUAGCCUUGCUCCGCCAGUACUGCACAAUGCCACUACUUCCUUAUCACAUGUUGGAGAAGGAGACGGUCCUCCACUUCUUCUUGCACGACACGCCCGGCGGCAGCAGCCCCAGCGCGGUCCGGGUGGUCCAAGCCAACGGCACGGCGCAUAACACAUCGCUGACGCCAUUUGGCACGGUUUGGGUCGUGGACGAUCCUUUGACAGAGGGUCCCGACCCCAAAUCAACGAUCCUCGGCAACUCGCGUGGUGUGUAUGUGUCGGCGGGGCAGGACGAGUUGAUGCUUGUUGCUUACCUUGAUUUUGGGUUCACCAGCGGGGAGUUCAACGGUAGCUCCCUCAGCGUGCUUUCUAGGAAUACGGUGACGCAGAUUGAGAGGGAGUUUGCCGUGGUUGGCGGGCGCGGAAAGUUUAGGAUGGCUAGAGGGUUUGCCAACCUUAAGUGUAUUUUCUUCAAUGAAAGCAACGGCGAUUCCAUUGUAGAGUACACAAUGGUGGUGAGGCAUUACUGAGAAGAAGAAAAAAACAAAUGUUUUCUCUUCUUUCCUCUUCUCACUCAGAAAUUCUUGAUCACGAUAAAGAAUUUAACCCAUUAUACCGAGAGGACUUGAUUAAGAAGAGGCUUAUCUUUUCAGCAAUUAAUGCUCAGUUUAGUUGAUUUUGUUUUGGGUUAGGCGUUUAGCUGGAUAUGAUCAUCAGUUUGUAUCUCUUGUUUUCUUUGGUUAAUAAGAUUCAUCAAAGAACAAACGGAUGACUUAUUGUGUGUUUUCUAGUUGUAAUCUUUGGCGGUUGUCAUAUGUACUGCACGGGAAAAUCUUACAAAUGUCACUGAUCAUAUAAUUAAAAAAUGCCAAGUUUGUUUUA